AUGGGGGCCACUGAUAUUGAGAAGGUUGAGCUGUCUUCCUACCAGCUCAAGGAUGUUGCACAGACUUGGUGCAAAAUGUGGCAAAAUAGCCGUGUCCUAGGUGGAGUGCCAGGCACAUGGGAGCUGUUCAAGACAACAUUUUUGGAAAGGUUCUUCCCUAGAGAGAUUAAGGAGGCCAAGGCUGAGGAGUUCAUCAACCUUAAACAAGGAUUGAUGACGGUCAGAGAGUAUUCGCUGAAGUUUGUGAAGCUAUCAAGAUUAAUGGUGCAUGUCCACCAGGUAGAGGACAGCCGAAAGAGAAGAGGUGUACGUGAUAUUAGGAGGCCUAGGCCUCAAGAUCAGGUAGGUCCCAGCCAUGGAGGCCAUAGAAAUAUUUUUGGCGUCCGUGACCAGCCCAAAUUCAAGAAGGGGCAACAGAGUUCUGGGAUUUCUAACCCUCAAAGAAAUACAACACCUAGAGGAGGCAGACCCGAACCCAAGAGGGGCAAUGGAGGGGAGAUGCAGCGUCCAAAGAAGACUUGUGCUAAGUGUGGUUGA